AUGCUGCGGGUACCCAUCACCGUCAGCUUCGACGCGCUGAACACUCUUAUUCAGAUAACACAUGGAUUGGGCUACCAGUACCGUAGCUCGUACUCUGCCUUCCUGCAGGAGCACGGUGUGGAUCUUGACGCAAGCUGCCCGAAUGCCACCUGUGAGGUCGUGCAAGAGUUGGCGUUGAAGGCGAUUCACGACCAAGUGCGGGUGGAUCGUGCAGCAUGGACUCGCUCUGCUGACCCCCAGGAGAUGCCGAUUGGCGGUGACACCGAUGAGGAGCUGCGCUCUUUCUGGACCCGCGUUCUGAGGCAAACCUACACUUCUGCCGCCUUGUAUGAGGGCGCUGCAGCAGAUGUGGUGCAGCGCGCCGAGGCGCUGUGGGCCAACCACCCCAACGAAGUGCGUCGUUUUGAAGACUACGUACUGUUUGCUCAGUUCGGCACCACCAAGGCUCACAGCUGGUACCCGGAAGGACUCCGCACACUGCAGUGCUUGCGUGAGUGGAACCAACGGCAGUUGAGUCAUGACGAGAGCGCUACGUGGUCUGGUCUAGCAGAGACGACGACGGCGUCUGCUUCAGGCCCAGCUCCUCCUGGUAUUGCCUCAUCGUCUACUGUUCUCUUCCUUGCUGCGCCGCCCUUCGUGGUCUCUAACAUGGAUCCUCGCAUUCAGGGUGUGUUCUUGCAGCUGGGCGCGUUUGAGCGUGGUGCGAGCGGCGAGCCGCCGCUGCUCUCGCGGGUUAUUUCUGCUCGGGAUGCGGUUUACGCAAAACCGUCGCCCGCAGGCAUCCUGACCGGUGUACGCGAUAUUGCCGCUUCCUACAGUGCCAUGUGCCCAAGGGGUAGCGAUGCGCGUGAGCCGGGUGUGGAUGUGCGCCUGCAUGUGCACGUUGGAGACGCCGAGGCCGACCGCGUUGCAUGCGAGCGUGCGGGAUGCCAUUAUGUGCAGUGCCACCCCACGACGGGUGUGAUAUGGGAGCAGCUGCACAGUAAGCUGCAGGAGCUGGGGACGCUCUGCAGAUCGGCACCUCCCUGCGUCGAACGCUAA